UGUAAAUCCACUUGCAUCCGCAUACCUAAGCUGUAACACAGAGACUGGUACUAUCAGUGAUUUUAGUUCAAAUCUGUGUAGUGUUCCAGCCAGUGAACAGUCGUCUUCCUAUGUUUUGAUAACAAUUGGUGGCAGUGGGACGUUGGUCCUUUGUGAAGUUGAGGUUGUUGUGCGUAAAGAUGGCGUUACUGCACUCUCAUCUGGUCCUAAUAGCUUUAGAGCUAUAGAUGGUGACUUUACUCAACUUGCUGGAGACGGAGCGUUGUGUAGCGAGACAUCUGUUCAAGUUAAUCCAUUUUGGAUCACUACUCUCGAUGAUUACUUUCGUGUUGAACGAGUCGACCUGUAUCAACGAGUUGCAC